AUGGAUCGCCAGUCUGUCUAUUCCGUGUCUGUCUUCCAGAACCAAUCGGGUCCCAACGAGGAUACCAGACUGCAAUUACAGGAGCAGCUGGUCACUUUCAUUCUACAAUUCAGGCAUGACAACAUCUUCGUCUACAGAGACCAGUUGCGAGAGAAUGCGCUCUUGAAGAAGUUCUACUGCGACAUCAACAUAACCGACUUGAUCAAGUUCAACGAAGAGCUGGCGCAUAGGCUGGUGACAGAACCCGCUGAGAUCAUUCCCCUCUUCGAAGCCGCGCUACGAAAAUGUACUCACCGCAUCGUCUUCCCCCACGAGCCAAAGGCCGAUGUCCCCGACCACCAACUUCUACUCCACUCGACCGCCGAAGAUGUGUCGAUUCGAAAUUUGGACUCGGAAACCAUCGCGCGCCUAGUUAGAGUCUCGGGCAUUGUGAUUGGAGCCUCCGUCAUGUCGUCCAAAGCCACCGAAUUACAUAUCCAAUGCCGGAAUUGCGCCCACGGCUCCGUGGUUCCUGUCCUCGGCGGGUUCACUGGCGUCACUCUACCACGACAGUGUGGUAGGCAAAGGGCGCCCAAUGACCCAGCUGAGAAAUGCCCUAUGGACCCCUACUUUGUUAUCCACGAGAAGUCCCGAUUCGUCGAUCAGCAGAUCAUAAAAUUACAAGAAGCACCCGACCAGGUACCCGUUGGAGAACUUCCACGACACGUACUAAUUUCCGCCGACCGGUAUCUUACCAAUAGAGUCGUCCCGGGCUCGAGGUGUACCAUCAUGGGUAUCUUCUCCAUCUACCAAAACAAGGGUUCGAAGAACUCCUCCUCUGGCGGCGCAGUCGCCAUCAGAACGCCCUACCUCCGAACUGUAGGCAUCCAGACCGAUACAAAUUCGACUGCGAAGGGCAACUCAAUCUUCUCGGAGGAGGAAGAGCAGGAGUUCAUGGAGCUCAGCAGAAGACCGGACCUUUACAGCAUCAUGGCUGACUGCAUUGCUCCCUCAAUUUACGGGAACCGUGAUAUCAAGAAGGCUAUUCUGUGUCUGCUUCUCGGUGGUUCGAAAAAGAUUCUGCCCGAUGGAAUGAAACUUCGAGGUGACAUCAAUGUUCUCCUCCUCGGUGACCCGGGUACAGCCAAGUCGCAGCUGUUGAAGUUUGUCGAGAAAGCAGCACCGAUCUCUAUCUACACUUCUGGCAAGGGUUCUUCAGCAGCCGGUUUGACUGCCUCGGUUCAGCGUGACCACUCGACACGAGAAUUCUACCUGGAAGGUGGUGCUAUGGUUCUGGCAGAUGGAGGUGUCGUGUGUAUCGACGAGUUUGACAAGAUGCGUGAUGAGGACAGAGUAGCUAUCCACGAAGCCAUGGAACAGCAGACGAUAUCGAUCGCCAAAGCAGGUAUCACAACAAUCCUCAAUGCGCGAACGUCAGUCCUUGCAGCUGCCAAUCCUAUAUUUGGCCGCUACGAUGACAUGAAGACUCCGGGCGAGAACAUCGACUUCCAAACGACCAUCUUGUCACGUUUCGAUAUGAUUUUCAUCGUCAAGGAUGAACAUACACGAGAAAAAGACGAGCGGAUUGCGAAGCACGUUAUGGGUAUACACAUGGGUGGUCGAGGCCUUGAGGAGCAAGUGGAGGGAGAGGUGCCAGUCGAGAAGAUGCGACGGUACCUAAGCUACUGCAAGUCGCGUUGCGCACCUCGUCUAUCCCCAGAAGCAGCGGAGAAGCUCUCCUCGCACUUUGUGUCCAUCCGCAAACAAGUGCACGCUUCUGAAAUAGAGGCCAACACGCGCUCCAGCAUCCCAAUCACAGUCCGACAGCUCGAAGCCAUCGUGCGUAUCACGGAGGCGCUCGCCAAACUCACGCUAUCGCCCAUCGCCACUGAACAGCACGUCGACGAGGCCAUCCGUCUCUUCCUGUGCAGUACCAUGGACGCCGUCAACCAGGGCUCGAACCAGGGCAGCCGCGAGCUGAAUGAAGAGGCGUCGCGCGUCGAGGCCGAACUCAGACGCCGGCUGCCGAUCGGCUGGAGUACGAGUCUAGCUACGCUGCGCCGCGAGAUGGUCGAGGGCAAGGGCUUCAGCGAGCAGAGUCUCAACCGUGCCUUGAUGGUGCUCCAGAGGAGGGACACCAUCAUGUUCCGGAAUCAAGGCUCACAGGUGUACCGCAAUGGUGCGUAG